ACAAUCACACGCUGAUGCCUCCAACUGUAUGUGUGAGCGAGAGGAAGGUUGGGUGAGAAAGAGAGAGAUGCAGAACAAGAAGUGUGUAUGUGAGAAAAGGGAGAGAAAGAGUCAUAGAGAGAUAUGAGUUCUGCUCCACCCACAAACAUCCAUGUCCAAAUUGAGGGGGAGGUGAAACCAUUUAGGGUUUACUGUGCUGUUAACUGACAUUAUUUAGUUGCUUGAGUCAGGAGAAGGGGCUUGUCAACAUUUCUCUUAAAGAAUUUCACCCCGUCGGCGCAACAAUGACUUCUUAUCCGAAGCUUCGAAAGGAGAGGGGGGGUGUGGUGGACUAUGACACGCAGAUAAAAGAGGUGCGUUGCCAGCUUGUGGACCAGCUGAAGGUGCUGGACCUCCAGCUGGAGCAGAAGAGCCAACAGCUGCAGGACCUGACAGACUACCUGCGGCGGCGGGGUGAGAUUGAAUGCGAGUACGCCCGCUCCCUGGAAAAACUUGCAGAAAGGUUCACUUUGAGGAUUAAAAGGAAGGAGCCCAGCACUCACUCAGUCUCCCAGGUCUGGCUGGCUCUCCUGUCUCAAACCCGCCAGGAAAGUAAGGACCACAUUAGACUCGGUGAGAGUUGCAGCAACAUCUUGGUUCAGCCCAUCAUGCACUGUCUGGAGUACACACAACGUCUGGCUAAGAAGAGUAAAGACCUUUGUACUCAGCUGCAAGACGGACUACUCAAGGUUACCACUGAGUUGCAGACAGCGUGGCGGACGUACCACCAGUACCACUCAGAGUUUGUUUGUGCAGAGGUGAAGCUGAGGGAGGCAGAGAAACAGGAGGAAAAGCAAAAGCAGGGUGCUAAUAAAAAACUUGAGAGGUUGAUAGAAAAGAGACAACUUAAAGUCCAGGAGAUAGAACUGAAGUGCAGCAAGGCCAGGAACGACUACCUCCUAAACCUGUCUGCAGCAAACUCCUCCAUGAAUAAGUACUACAUCCAGGACAUCACCACUCUCAUAGAUUGUGCAGACGUAGGGUACCACCUCUCUUUGGGUCGGGUGAUGCAAGCCUACCUGUCCAGACGGUCGUGGGCCCAGAAGAACCUGGACACGGGUCUGCAGCAGCUCCAGGAGGCCGCGGUCGGACUGGACCAGAGCCGAGACAGAGACGCCCUCCUGCAGGACCACUACAGCACCUUCUCCAUGCCUGUCCGCUUCCCUUAUUUGCCUCAUGAAGAAGACCAGAUUUCUGAAGUUAGUGCUGAGUGUGAAAUGAGGUGCGAGAUGGAGACUCGAUUCAAGCAGAUACAAAGCCGACUGAAAACUUUGGCCGAAGAAACAGAAGAGGCUGGUAAAAGCAUGUCAACAGCCAAGUCCUCCCUGCUGGAGGGCAUUGGCGAUGACGAUCUGGAGCCCAGCAUCGGCUCUGGUCUUUCCCAGGAGGGCAGCACUGAGAAUCUGACGGUUAAACCCAGCGUGGCUCGACGCAGGGCCAACCUGCUGGAAGUAGAAAACGUCUACUUCACGAAAGUAAAAGAAUAUCUAGUUGGCAGCUCGUUAGUGUCAAAGCUCCAAGCCAAACAUGACCUGCUUAAAGUGGCUGUGGAAAAAGCUGAAGCUUCAAAUGGACAUCAGCCCAGGUUUUCUGGAAAGUCUCUGCGGAUCAGAAAGAAUCCUUCAAGUGCCAAUUUGUUUCCCAAUCACAAACUGUUCAGUGGCGACAUGUUGUCCUUCAUAAAGGCUUCAGGACAACAAAUACCAAGCGUUGUGGAAAGCUGCAUCCGCUUCAUCAAUCUUUAUGGUCUCCACCAUGAAGGGAUUUUUAGAGUACCAGGAUCUCAGAUGGAGGUCAACGCCCUGAGGGAUGCAUUUGAACGAGGAGAGGACCCUCUGUCUGAACGGAGAUAUGAUCUGGACUCUGUGGCCGGAGUGCUGAAGCUCUACUUCAGAUGUCUGGAGAAUCCUCUGUUUCCUGUAGACAGCAACAGUCAGCUCCUGGAGUGCAACCAAGUAAAGGACGAUGCAGAGAGAGCAGCUCAGCUCAAGGCGAUUGUUUCUUCCUACCCUGAGCCUGUCAUCAUCGUCAUGAGAUACCUCUUUGCCUUCCUUCAUCAUGUGUCUCAGUACAGUGACGAAAACAUGAUGCAGCCGUACAACCUGGCCGUGUGUUUCGGCCCCAGUCUGGUGAGAGGCCUGCAGGAUGAUGAGGUUGUGACCCUGCAGCCUCAGGUCAAUGCCCUGGUGAAGGGGAUCAUCGUGCAGCACGAGAGCAUCUUCCCCAGUCACAGCGAAGUACAAGGACCGAUGUAUGAGAAGUGCAUGACUCUCGAACCGGACGACAGUGACGUUAUUAUUGAAGGAGAAGUCGAGGCGGACUACACCCAAAGCAAAGAUGAUUUAGAGAUGGGAUGUUCGGCCGGUAAUGGUCCAGAGGUGUCUGUCUCACCUGCAACGACAAAGGUAGAGCGUCCAAGAGCCAACAGCAGUGGCUGCUUAGAUCGUAGGACACCAGCAGGGGGCAGCCUUUCUGCAGCUGGAAAGAUGAACCUGCAGAUUCCCGUAGGGCCACAGUUCAGGCUAAGAAGAGCGCCCUCUCCGUCUCAUUUGCGCAACGAGUUUCAGCAACAUUCAUCUUCAGAGGACUUGAUUGUUAAAGUUGAUAAGGAUGUGUGUCAACACAUGGAGACGGUCUUCAAGGAGCUUCUGACACGACAGGCGCAGCAGGAUCCCUCCGUCUCGGCUGCUUCCGCUCAGGCUCAACAGAAAAAGGGAAAGCGUGACGGGCGCUGGGGGAGAGGAACUGGGCUUUUCAGAGCAGCAGAUCCACUGGACUGAGAGGAACAGCAUCAGCACAUGACAUAAACAGAGACGAUGAUGCUAAUGAAAACCGAGGGGCAGUGAAGGGCUUUGACAGAAGCUUUCAGCACGUCUAUUUCUAGAAAUCUAAAGCCAGUGACCCGUGGUCCCUGUUCAGAGGCACCCAGGACUCGACAUCCUCUAAGUCAUGAUUUUUCUUUUUUAACAACUGCUGGAGUGACUUCAGAACCACAGUAAUUUAUGAAAACUGUGAAUGACGUGAAAUGCAAAGAUGUUUGCGACUUUGGGCUGGUUGGUUCUCAGCUGGACUGAAUUUUUCCAGUUAUGUGCUGUUUUUCAAACUUUUUUGCAUGAGAUCUUUUUUUUUUAAAAAGAAAGAUGAAAGCACAAAACUCAUAAACUGCUGUGAAUACUGUGGCUGUAGUAAUUAUAUAUAAUACUUAUAUCAUCACUUUGAGUUGUCUGUACAUAGUAAAUAAAUUCUUGUAUUGUUUUAUGUUAGAAGGAUUUGCACUCAAACAAUACUUUUGAGGCUUUGAAAAGCUCUAAAAUAAUCUUAAAAUAUAUAUGUUUUUCUUUUCACAAACACUUCAUGAUGUGAUGGAGCAUGAAAGCUGAACCACAUCAUAAAAAACAUGCUUUUCUUUCAUUACCUUCAUGUGCAGGAAUAACUGCAGAUAAGCAUUCCUCAUAACUCUUAAUUUGUCCUACUUACUCGCUUUGGACAAUAUGGCCCCUUCUUCUGCACACAACAGGUGUUUCCUUACCUUAAAUUGCUUGAUUUCUAUAAACUGAUAUUGGAACUUUAUUUGAGAUUUUCAAAAUAAUAAAUGUUAUCCUCCUGUUGUUA